AGCCGGGAAUCAGCCGGGAAGAAAAUCCGGGAAUCAGCCGGGCAGGAAUCCCGGGAAUCGGCCGGGAAUCGGCCGGGAAGGAGCGGGGAAGGAAUCCCGGGAAUCAGCCGGGAAGGAGCCGGGAAUCAACCGGGAAGGAAUUCCGGGAAUCGGCCGGGAAUCAACGGGAAGGAAUCCCGGGAAGGAGCCGGGAAAGAGCCGGGAAGGAGCCGGGCAGGAAUCCCGGGAAUCGGCCGGGAAUCAACGGGAAGGAAUCCCGGGAAUCAACCGGGAAUCGGCCGGGAAGCAGCCGGGAAUCAGGCGGGCAGGAAUCCCGGGAAUCAGCCGGGAAGGAGCCGGGAUUCGAACGGGAAGGAGCCGGGCAGGAAUCCCGGGAAUCAGGCGCGCAGGAAUCCCGGGAAUCAGGCGCGCAGGAAUCCCGGGAAUUAUCCGCGCAGGAAUCCCGGGAAUGCCGUCCUCCCCGUUCCCGGCGCUGCCGUUUUCCCGGGAUUGAAGCAGCCGCACAAGCGGCGCGGCCCUUCAGGAUGACGCCGCUUCUCUGAGAGCAUCCCAAGAUUCCCUUUGGAAUUCCCAACAAAAAAAAAAAACCCCAAAAAUGCCCGGGAAGCGCGCCUUCUCCGAGCCGGAAUUCUCGGCCGACUAUUCCGCGGAUUAUUCGCUGAGUUUCCCUUCGGAUCCCGACGGGAAUUUGCGGCUCUCCCGGGAAUCCGCGGCGCCGCGCGGCGGAUCCUGCCCGUGCGUGCCGCAUUCCCGGCGUUUUUCCUUCUCGCCGGAAUCCUUGGAAAAACUCUACCAGACUUAUUUCCGGCGCCAGCGGCACGAGACGCUGCUGGUGCUGGUGGCGUUCUCGGCUCUUUUCGACUGUUACAUCCUGGGAAUGUGCGCCGACUUUUCCCGCUUGGAAAAACUUUUCCCGGCGCUGGCGGCGCUGGCGGCGCUGGCGGCGCACGGAGCGCUUUUCCUGCUGCUCAAAGCUCGGCUGCUCCCGGAGGAUUUUUCCCAGAAAUUCCUGCCCGGAGGGUUGUGGGCGCUGACGGUGGCGCAGCUCGGCGGGUUGUUGGCUCUGGAAUUCCAGAGUUUUCCAGAGGGGGUGGACACGGCGGGCUGGCUGGCGUUCUUCGCCUUCUCCUCCUUCCUGACGCUGCCGCUGCGCCUGGCGCGGAUCCUGCUGCUGGCGGCCGCCUCCUGCGCCGCCCACGCGCUGCUCCUGGGAAUCCUGGAAUUCCAGAGGGGCCGCGAGCGCCUGGAGCCCGCGGAGGUGGCCAGGCAGCUGGUGUCGAACGCGGCGCUGCAGGCGUGCGCGGUGGCCGUGGGCGCCGUGUCCUACGUGCUGGCCGACCGGAAGCUGCGGAAAGCGUUCCUGGAGGCGCGGCAAUCCCUGGAGGUCAAACUCAACCUGGAGGAGCAGAGCCAGCAGCAGGAGCGGCUGAUGCUGUCCAUCCUGCCCAAGCACGUGGCGGACGAGCUGCUGAAGGAGAUGAAGAAGGACCCGAGCCAGAAGGAGCUGCAGCAGUUCAACACCAUGUACAUGUACCGCCACGAGAACGUCAGCAUCCUGUUCGCCGACAUCGUGGGCUUCACGCAGCUCUCGUCCUCCUGCAGCGCCCAGGAGCUCGUCAAGCUCCUCAACGAGCUCUUCGCCCGCUUCGACAAGCUGGCCGCCAAACAUCACCAGCUGCGGAUCAAGAUCCUGGGGGAUUGCUACUACUGCAUCUGCGGGCUGCCGGAAUUCCGGGAGGACCACGCGGCCUGCGCCAUCCGCAUGGGGCUGGACAUGGUGGAGGCCAUCGCCUCGGUGCGGGAGCGGACGCGCACGGCGGUGGACAUGCGCGUGGGCGUGCACAGCGGCGCGGUGCUGGGCGGCGUGCUGGGCCAGAAGCGCUGGCAGUACGACGUCUGGUCCACCGACGUCACCGUGGCCAACAAGAUGGAGGCGGGCGGCAUCCCCGGGCGCGUGCACGUCUCGCAGAGCACCGUGGACUGCCUGAAGGGCGAGUUCGAGGUGGAGCCGGGCGAGGGCGGCUCCCGCUGUGACUACCUGAGGGACAAGGGCAUCGUCACCUACCUGGUGGUGGUCCCCAAGACGGGCCCGCGGCGCGGCGUCAACGGCGUGAAGCUGUCCCUGACCUCGUCCCACGCCGUGUCCCCCCCUCCGGUGGCCGCGCCGGAGCCCAACGGGAGCCUCAGCCCGGAGCCGCCCGAGGACGCCGAUCCCGGCCGGAGCAGCUCCGCCGAGCCCGACGCCGACGACGCCGACGAGGUGCCGGUGACGUCCCCACCACGCUGUCCCCACGGUGUCCCCACCGUGGUGUCCCCAUGGCGUCCCCACCAUGCUGAUCCCACCGCGCUGUCCCCACACUGUCCCCACGCUGUCCCCACCGUGGUGUCCCCAUGGUGUCCCCACCACGCUGUCCCCACCGUGGUGUCCCCACGGCGUCCCCACCACGCUGUCCCCACCGUGGUGUCCCCAUGGUGUCCCCACCAUGCUGAUCCCACCACGCUGUCCCCACACUGUCCCCAUGGUGUCCCCACAGCGGUGUCCUCACACCAUCCCCACCAUGGUGUCUCCACAGUGUCCCCACACCGUCCCCAUGCUGUCCCCAUGCCGUCCCCAUGCUGUCCCCAUGCCGUCCCCACCACGGUGUCCCCAUGUUGUCCCCACAGUGUCCCCACGCCGUCCCCUUUGCAGUGUCCCCACCACGCUGUCCCCACGGCGUCCCCACCACGCCAUCCCCACCACGGUGUCCCCACCACGCUGUCCCCACGCCGUCCCCACCCCAUGCCCACCGUGUGUCCCCACCAUGCUGUCCCCACACCGUCCCCACCGUGCCAUCCCCACCACGCCAUCCCCACUGCGCCAUCCCCACUGCGGUGUCCCCACGCCGUCCCCACCGCACCGUCUCCACCGUGCCAUCCCCACACCAUCCCCACCGUGCCAUCCCCACCACGCCGUCCCCACCGCGAUGUCCCCAUGCCGUCCCCACCGCACCGUCCCCACCACGGUGUCCCCACACCAUCCCCACCGUGCCAUCCCCACCACGCCAUCCCCACCGUGCCGUUCCCACACCAUCCCCACCGCACCGUCUCCACCGUGCCGUCCCCACCGUGCCAUCCCCACCGUGCCAUCCCCACCGCGCCGUCCCCACCGCAGUGUCCCCACGCCGUCCCCACCGCACCGUCCCCACCGUGCCGUCCCCACCACGCCGUCCCCAACGUGGUGUCCCCACCACACCGUCCCCACCGUGCCAUCCCCACCACACCGUCCCCACCGUGCUGUCCCCACGCCAUCCCCACUGCAGUGUCCCCACCAUGCUGUCCCCACGCCGUCCCCACCGUGCCGUCCCCACCGCGCCAUCCCCACCGCGGUGUCCCCACGCCGUCCCCACCACGCCAUCCCCACGCUGUCCCCACACCGUCCCCACAGCAGUAUCCCCACAGUGUCCUCAUGGCAUACCCACACUGUCCUCACACUGUCCCUACCAUGCUGUCCCCACCGCGCCAUCCCCACCGCGCCGUCCCCACCACGCCGUCCCCACCGCGGUGUCCCCACCGCGCCAUCCCCACCACGCCGUCCCCACCGCGGUGUCCCCACCACGCCGUCCCCACCACGCCGUCCCCACCGCGGUGUCCCCACCGCGCCAUCCCCACCACGCCGUCCACACCGCGGUGUCCCCACGCCGUCCCCACCGCGCCGUUCCCACCGCGCCGUCCCCACCGCGCCAUCCCCACCACGCCGUCCCCACCGCGGUGUCCCCACGCCAUCCCCACCACGCCGUCCCCACCGCGCCGUCCCCACCGCACCGUCCCCACCACGCCGUCCUCACCGCGGUGUCCCCACCACGCCAUCCCCACCGCGCCGUCCCCACCGCGGUGUCCCCACCACGCCAUCCCCACCGCGCCGUUCCCACCGCGCCAUCCCCACCGCGCCAUCCCCACCAUGCCGUCCCCACCGCACCUGUCCCCACACCGUCCCCACCACGCCGUCCCCAACGUGGUGUCCCCACCACGCCAUCCCCACCACGCCAUCCCCACCGCGCCGUCCCCACCGCGCCAUCCCCCGUCCCCGCAGGCGCCCAACCCGUCCUUCCCCAACCCGCGGCGCCGGCUGCGGCUGCGGGACCUGGCCGAGCGCGUGGCGGGCGCGGCGCAGAACGAGCAGGAGCUCCACCGGCUCCUCAACGAGGCCCUGCUGGAGCGCGAGUCCAUCCAGGCGCUGAAGGGCAAGGCCACCUUCCGGCUGUCGCUGCGCUUCACCGACCCCGAGAUGGAGACGCGCUACUCGGUGGAGAAGGAGAAGCAGAGCGGCGCCGCCUUCGGCUGCUCCUGCGUCGUCCUCUUCUUCACCGCCCUGGUGGAGGCCGUCAUCGACCCCGGGCUGGUGACCAACUACGUGACCUUCGUGGUGGGCGAGGCGUUGCUGGUGGGACUGACGCUCUGCUCCUCGGCCGCCAUCUUCCCGCGGGCCUUCCCCAAAAAGCUGGUGGCCUUCUCCACCUGGAUCGACCGGACCCGAUGGGCGCGCAACACCUGGGCCAUGGCGGCCAUCGCCAUCGUCACCACGGCCGACAUCGUGGACAUGGUGAGGUCAUGGAGGCCACCAUGGGUGGAGAAGCUGGCGCGGACGCUGUUCCUGUGGAAGAUGGACGUCCAUGAGCAGAAGGAGCGCGUCUCCAUUAUCCCAUUAUCCCACCAUCCCAUUGUCCCACCAUCCCACCAUCCCACCAUCCCACCAUCCCACAAUCCCCAAUCCCGGGAAUUCCGGCAUUCCCAGGUGGAGAAGCUGGCGCGGACGCUGUUCCUGUGGAAGAUGGACGUCCACGAGCAGAAGGAGCGCGUGGAGAAGCUGGCGCGGACGCUGUUCCUGUGGAAGAUGGACGUCCACGAGCAGAAGGAGCGCGUCUCGGAGAUGCGCCGCUGGAACGAGGCCCUGGUGGCCAACAUGCUGCCCGAGCACGUGGCCCGCCACUUCCUGGGCUCCAAAAAGCGGGAUGAGGAGCUCUACAGCCAAUCCUACGAGGAGAUCGGCGUGAUGUUCGCCUCGCUGCCCAACUUUGCCGACUUCUACACCGAGGAGAGCAUCAACAACGGCGGCAUCGAGUGCCUGCGCUUCCUCAACGAGAUCAUCUCCGACUUCGACGCCCUGCUGGACGAGCCCCAGUUCCGCUGCAUCACCAAGAUCAAGACCAUCGGCAGCACCUACAUGGCCGCCUCCGGAGUGACGCCCGACGCCGGCGCCGACGGAUUCGGAGCCAAGAAGGAGCCGCGCUCGGAGAAGGAGCGCUGGCAGCACCUGGCCGACCUGGCCGACUUCGCGCUGGCCAUGAAGGUGACGCUGAUGAACAUCAACUACCAGUCCUUCAACAACUUCAUGCUGCGCAUCGGGAUGAACAAGGGCGCCGUGCUGGCCGGGGUCAUCGGGGCGCGCAAGCCCCACUACGACAUCUGGGGCAACACGGUCAACGUGGCCAGCAGGAUGGAGUCCACCGGGGUCAUGGGCAACAUCCAGGUGGUGGAGGAGACGCAGCAGAUCCUGAAGGAGUUCGGCUUCCGCUUCGUGCGCCGCGGCGCCGUCUUCGUCAAGGGCAAGGGGGAGCUCCUGACCUUCUUCCUGAAGGGCCGCGAGAAGCCGGGAGCGCUCCCGGGAUCCGCCGCCGUCCCGCUGCCCCACCAGGUGCUGGAGACCUCCUGAGGGUCCCUCGGGAAUGUCCACCCGCGCUCCCCCUUCCCGCCGCUUUUUUGGGACCGUUUUUGGUUUUUUCGGGGUUUUAUCCCGUGGAAAAGAGGGAAAGGCGGAUCCCGGGUUUUUUCCCCCCCGCCGGGGGAUUUUUCCUCGCCGCGGGAAUCCCGGACUCGGAGCGGCGGCGGCGAUUCCGGGAGAUCCAAACUCAGGGACGGUUGGGAGGACUCGGCGGGGGCGGAUCCGGGGUUUUCCCGGGGAUUCCUCCCGAAUUGGAGAGGUUGGAUCCGGGUUGGAAGUGGGGGAGGACGGGAGUUGUGUAUUCCAGAUCCAUAAAUUGUAUCGGAGAA